GAUCCAUGUUCUUUAUGGUUGGCUAUUCUAUGUGUUCUAGCCACUACUGUUGAAACAUGGCCGACCAAGGUGCAUACAUGAAUGAGUCAGAUAUACAAGCCUUAAACCGGUUUCCUGAUGAACCAUUUAGCGACUUUACUAAGCUUGUUUUAAAUUUUCUUGUUACCCCAAAGGAUUUUGCGGAAUUAAUGAGUGAGUUAGAAGCAUUUGCUGAAAGCAUUGGAGCCAGUGUUGCUGGAAUUAAAAAUUUAGUCAAAUCUUUAAUUUCGUUCUUAAGAGAUUCAGCAAGAAAAACUCUUUCACCAGAGUUGUUACAAGAUCGUCUGGACAGACUAGGACUGCAUUCUGAGAAGUCUAUAGCAUUAGCAAAUGGCUGGAGGAGUAACUACAUUUCAAUAUGCAGAUCAAUUGUUGGUCAGGUGUUUAUGAUUAACCAACUUGUUGACAUGGAGUGGAAGUUUGGUGUUACUGCUGGAACGUCUGAUAAAAAUCAAGUUGGGCACUCUUUCUUGCAAUUGAAACUUAUAAUAGAUAAAGGAAAUAAUGAGACUGAAGCUGUGUGUAUGGAAUUAACUUUGCCACAAUUUUACUCUUUUUUACAUGAAAUGGAAAAGGCAAGAGCUGACUUAGAAUUGUUGUCUUAGUUUUGUUAUGCAUAUUAUGGCUUAUUACAACAAGAUUUUUGUUAUUGUUACUACAAUGUAAUGUAUAAAAAUUGGGAAUUUCCUUAGUUUAUGAAACUUCAGUUCAAAUAAAAACCAAAACAUGGUGCACUUUGCAGCAAUAAAUGCUUUUUUAGAUGCAUGCUAGCAAAACAAAAUAAUAGAUGCACCCUUUUGCAAUUCUUUUGUAAUUCUUACUUGGAAUGUUUAUCUUUCAUAACAUUAUCAAAAAGUUUAUAUAUAGUCGUUAAAUAAAUGAAACUUUUCAGAAAAUAUAUAUGAUACUGUAUUGAAUCUGAUAAUUUUCAAUGAUUAAUGUUUGUAUAUAUAUCAGAUAAAUCUAUCCUUUUUUUACUCUAUUUUGAAUUAAAAAGCAACUCAACUGUUGUCACUGCCUCUUGAUAAUAACAACUGGUAGCCUUGUGGUAGACAGUUUUUUCCAGUGCAGGAGGUCCUGGGUUCAAAUCCUAGCCGAGUCAUGGCAGAGACUAUAAAAGUUUAAGCUGUUGUCUAGUUGAGCGAUUGCUAGCUCAAAUGGAAGCUUUAAAUGUACUAGAACCCCCUUUGCAGGACCCUCGUUGAUAGCCGUACCAAGAGGAACUGAAGAGGCUAUGCUGGGUAAAUAAUCUAUAAUAAUCUAUAAUGACGUCAUCAAAAAACCUUUAAACCCUAAUAUCUCUGCAUCCGUUUGUCCAAAGUACACAAUCCUAUACAUUUUCUUCAUCAGCGUUGCAAGAUCUAUACAAUGAAGGCAACAGGUAUACAGAUUUCUGAAAAAUCUGCUUUCUGCUAACGUCAGCAAAAUUUAAAUGACGGUUGUUUUUCUCUGUUAUAUCCUGCCUAAGUGGAUUUUUCCACGGGCUUUAUUAACUAGUUUCAAUAAUAUAAUAAAAAAAUAAGUAACUGAGGAUUAAAUUUAACUUUAUAGAAAUUAUCUACACUGUACAUAUUUUUUAAUUGUUGAAAUAUAUUUGAUAUAAUAAAA